AUAGAAGAGGCAAUAAAUAAAUAUGAGUAUAAGAGGAGAAGGGUUUUUGGGUUUUGGUUUUAGGGUUUAAGAAUUCAUUCAUUCAUUCACAGUUUAUCAUCAUUGCUCGCUCUCUCUGUGACCAACCAAUAUGUGGGCUCUUCGCAGAACUUCUGUUCGCCUCACCUUAAGAAACCAAGGGCUUAAUAAUAACAAUUCUGGAAUUUCUCGUGCCGCUUCUGUCAAAUUAAUUCCAAACACUUCAGAGGAGGCUGUUCCUGUUCCUGUUCCUGAUUCUCAUGCUCGAUUUCUGUCAACGAACCUACACACUCCUCAUGCUUCCCACAGAUUUACUUUCACCACCCGUGAACUUUCGUCACAGGCUGAUGCUAGCAGCCAAAAAGAGGAUGAUGCUGAUGAUAAUGAUGACAUGGAGAUUGAAGAUCGAUUGACUGAGCCAGAUGCAGACGGAGAUAGCCGUGACACUGCUGAAAUAGACAUCAAUGAGCUGGAGUUGUCGGAUACUGAGACUGAUUCAUCCGACAAAAAAUCAUUUUCUUCAAGGAGACGGUCAGAACUAUUCAAGGCCAUUGUAAGUGUUUCAGGUUUGUCAGUUGAUUCUGCUCUCGACAAGUGGGUUGAAAAAGGUAAAGAAUUAAGCAGGCAGGAGAUUGGGUUGGCAUUAAAUAGUCUUCGAAGGCGUAAAAUGUAUGGAAGGGCUUUGCAGGCCUUGGAUUGGCUAGAGUCAAACAAAAAGCUUGAAUUUACUGAGAAAGAGUAUGCUUCUAAACUUGAUUUGAUUGCCAAAUUGCGUGGCCUACCAAAGGCAGAAAAAUACCUCGAGCAUGUUCCAAAUUCUUUCAGAGGAGAAUUAUUAUACAGAACAUUACUAGCUAACUGUGCUAGUCUGGAAAAUUUGAGGAAAACGGAGGAAACAUUCAACAAAAUGAGGGAGUUAGGUUUUCCUGUUACAGCAUUUGCUUGCAAUCAGUUGCUUCUCAUUUAUAAGAAGAUUGACAAGAAGAAAAUAGCUGACGUGUUACUUAUGAUGGAAAAGGAGAAUGUCAAACCUUCUUCUUAUACUUACAAAAUUUUAAUAGACGUGAAGGGCCUGUCUAAUGAUAUUGAUGGGAUGUCUCAAAUUGUUGAGACAAUGAAGGCAGAAGGUUGUGAACUAGACCAUCUAACACGGGCAUCCUUGGCCAGGCAUUAUGCCGCAGCUGGGCUUACCGAAAAAACUGAAGCUAUAUUGAAGGAGAUUGAAGGUGAAAACUUAAAAGAGAAUAUGUGGGUAUGCCCAACUUUGCUUCGCCUUUAUGCAAUUCUGGGUAGGGCUGAUGAAGUGGAGAGAAUUUGGAAGGUUUGUGAGUCAAAGCCACGGGUUGAGGACUGCCUUGCCGCAAUUGAAGCUUGGGGAAGAUUGAAGAAAAUUGAAGAAGCAGAGGCAGUUUUUGAGAUGAUGUCAAAUAAAUGGAAACUUACUGCCAGGAAUUACGAAUCACUCCUGAAAAUUUAUAUAAGGCAUAAGAUGCUAAACAAGGGUAAGGAUCUUAUUAAGACAAUGGGAGAUAGUGGAUGCACAAUAGGUCCAACAACCUGGGAUGCACUUGUGUCUCUUUAUGUUCAAGCAGGGGAAGUCGAAAAGGCAGACACUGUUUUGCAGAAGGCACUACAGCAAAAUAAGAUGAAGCCAAUGUUUACUACUUUUAUGACUAUUAUGGAGCAGUAUGCAAAGAGGGGCGACGUCCAUAAUGCAGAGAAGAUUUUCUAUAGAUUGAGACAAGCUAAUUAUAUUUCUAGAAUAUCUCCGUUCCAUGCUCUAGCACAGGCUUAUAAAAACGCCAAACUACCGGCAUAUGGGAUCAGGGAGAGGAUGAAAGCUGAUAACCUAUUCCCCAACAAAGCUUUGGCUGACCAGUUGGUGCAAGUUGAUCCGUUUAGGAAAACUCCAGUUUCUGAUUUGCUUGAUUGAGGAGAUUAGCAUAUUAUCUCUUGUGCUUCAACUUUUCAAAUGCAACUAUUAUUAGUUAGUUUGAUGGUAAGAUUGAACUUCCCGAAUUUGAAUAUUUUGUCUUGUACUGAUUAAUGCAUUAAUAGGUUUUAUAAUUUCAUGGGGUUCAUUUGUUGAGUAGGUAUUUUCUCCAUUUCUAAAAAAAAGUGGUGAUAUUUUGUUA